AUGGGGCCACCGACGGCUGCGGCGGACGCAGCUUCUUCCACCACAAGUAGCGGCGCUCUUGCCGCUGAGGUGCAUCUCACUGGGCCACGCUUCGUCAAGGCAGGCUUAAUUGCCAUAGCCAGUGGCAAAUCUGUUCUAAUGCUCAACAUCCGCCACUUGUGGCUGUUGGGAAUUUGGGAACUGGGUGAAACCAGCGUGUUCACAUUACAGUCAAUGAUCGCAUUCGGGAUGGGCGCUUUCAUUGUAGUGGAUCGUGCUGUAGCUGUUUACUUCAUCUGGGGGAACUUUGAGCUAACCACGCUUGUUCUGCUCAUUACUUUCACCGGUGGCAGUGGAGUCGUGAAAAUGGCUGUCUUUGCCUACAACAGACGGCAGUACCACUCCCUGGCUAACCAGCUAGACGAGCUGCUGUCCCUCCAACGUGGGUCCUGCUCAGAGGACCCUAACUUGGCAGCCAUUUCAGCAUCAUCCCGUCGGAAAGCUGCGCGCCUCACGAAGGGGCUGCUACUGCUCAUGCUGUCGCAGACUCUCUUGUGGAUGUCGGUGCCGCUCGUAGCCUACCCAGAGGAGAGCCGUCUGCCAUUUGUUCAGCACCAGUGGGACCACAACAACAACUUUUAUGGGAUCUCCUAUAUCGUACAAUGCCUGUCGGCUGUCUGGGUGAGUCAGAUAAGCUUGGGUGUGGACUGCCUGUUCGCAUCCGUCAUGAUUAUUGUGGCUGCCCAGCUGGAGAUCCUCGUACACCGUCUCUUGGACGUCAGAAACGACGCGGACAGAGUGUACAAGGAGACAGCCGUUUUGGAGAAGAAGGAAGUUGACAGCAAAUUUGAUCAAAACAUGUACGACGAGUUGCGCGUUUGUAUCAAAACUCACCAAGAUAUCCUCAGGUUCGUCGCGUACCUCCAGGACACCAUGAGCCCCAUUGCGAUGACGCAGUUCGUCAUGAGCGUUGUCAUCGCAUGCAUGGCGUUAUUUCAGGCAACUUAUAGUGAAGAGUUCAGUGCAGUACUGAAAUGUGCAUCUUUCCUUACAAUUCCUGUUGGCCAGCUGUAUCUUUAUUGUUGGGCAGCAACUAACGUAACAGCACAGGUGGCUCAAAAAGAGAGCCGGCUUUGA